AGUCCAGUCAUAUUGAGCCCGCUAUCGAGAACACCAUCAGCCCGACCCAUCGUUGAUACCGAGCGAGUCAGCAAAACGACAGAGACGCAGAACAGAACCCUAUCGCCACCGCGAGUCAUACAGACAUAUUCAUUUCGUUUCCUCCAUUGGAUUCGAAAGAGAGAUUGAGAGAAUCAAAUAGGGAGGGUUUGAAUUGAAUUUGGGGGGAAAAUGGUGGUUAGGAUUCGUCUAUCACGUUUAGGAUGCAAGAACAAACCAUUCUACCGUGUUAUGGCCGCCGAUAGCAGAUCUCCAAGAGACGGAAAACACCUCGAAGUUCUGGGUUAUUACAAUCCUUUACCUGGUCAAGAUGGUGGCAAACGAAUGGGAAUCAAUUUCGAUAGAGUCAAGUAUUGGCUUUCUGUUGGAGCUCAACCAUCCAAUCCAGUAGAGCGUCUUCUAUUUCGAGCAGGGUUACUUCCACCUCCACCAACUGUGGCUAUGGCACGCAAAGGUGGACCUCGUGACAUGCGUCCUGUCGAUGCUUUAACCGGACGUGUCAUCGAUCAACAGAAGCAGCCUCCUAAUAAUUCCAACAAUGGCACUGCUGUAACUGAAAACCCUUGAAAUCUAAUGUUUUUCGUUGUCUUCUUUAUAAGAAGAAGAAGAAUAAGCUGUUAAAUAGUGUACUUGAAACCUUUGAUUAUCUUGGUGUUGAAUCAUAUUUUUAGUUUUCUUGAACUUAUAUCAAAAGUAGUUAGUUUGAUUUGGAAUCUUAUGCACGGUAUUCCUGGUUGAUUUAUUUGUUCAUGCAGAUGCAGCAUUUUGAAAUAUUAUCCGAUUAUUCUGUUUCUGCUAUGAAUGCAUUUAUUGGAACUA